CACAGGCACACUCAUCUCAUCCAUCCAUCAAUCCAUCCAUCACUCACUCACUCACUGUCUCUCUUGCCUUGUGUGGCAAUUGUUGUGUGGUCUCUCUUUCUCUUUUCGUCUGCGCGUCGACAUCCAUGCAGUCACAUACACACAGUCUUGGCCAAUCAAUCUCUGCACAGCCAGGCACACAGACAGACACAUGUGCACGUUUGUUUCGUAGGAAGGUGUGUGUGUCAUGCAUGGUUAGGCUGCUUGCCUUCGGUCAGUUAGUUGCUUGUGCUGGUGUUGUUGGCGGCGCUUUGCUGCUCGGCCACCCAGCGAUCCAAUAGGGACACAAGAUCUGACCACAAACAAUCACACACAAACGAACGACAUGCACACACACAAUUCUCUCCCCACGAACGCACUCACCCACCCACCUGGUCUCUCUUGUUGCGUGAAGAUGCGGAGUGCGGCGCGUGUGACGCUGCCGUGUCGCGUCAUGACCAUCGCGUUGAUGUCGGGGUUGGCCGUCACACUGAAGGCCGCUGCGCCGCCGGCACUCUGAUCAACCACACACACAGAAGUGGCUGCGUGUUUCCGUGUCACUGUGUCUCUCGUGAGUGAAGUGCCGACUUUGAGGAUGUUGACGAUGCACGACGAGUAGCGAAUUGAUGCGGCAGCUGGGAUGCAAUCAGCCGCCUUGUGCAUGCCCACGAUCUUGACACCAGACACACCAUCCACCACCACCUCACCUGAGCACGACACGACACGACACGACACGACAAGACAAGACACGACACACAGGUGUGCAGUCCCCUCUUAUCUGUCUGUCCAUCUGCCUGUCUGUGUGUCCUUACCAGGUCGCGCGAGUGCAGUAUUGCUGGAAGUCAGAUCCACAAUGCACUUGCCGCGGCCCAUCACACGCACCUGCAGCAUGGACACACACACAUACAGGCAACACAGUGAGUGUCUGUCUGGUGUCAGUCUCGGUGCUGGCUGUUGUGCUCUGGCUGACCAGUUCUCCAUCGAGUGUCUGGGGGGCCGUGUUGUCUCUGUUGGCCGCCGAGCAGAUGACCAGAUCCAUCGACGGCAACACCUUCAUCAGCAUCGCACGCUGCGCAUCGAAGUCGCUGCCGUCGCCUGACGUCGAUGUGGCAGCGUGCCAGGGGUCGAUGUACCGCACACCGCGAGACUCCAGGCGGGCCCUGGCAUCACCUCCGGUGUCAGUGUCAGUGGCAAACACACAAGAGCCCAGAACUGAUAUACACACACCACACAUGACGCAUAUUCAUGCAGAGAGAGGCCAGCACCACCUCAUCUCUGUGUGUGUCUUCGUCUGACCGUGUUUGGCUGUCGCGAUAGCCUGGCGAGCUGCGACGUCUGAUCCGAUGACCAGCACCUUGGGCGAGUUGAAGGAUGAAGUGCCAGUCAGCGCGCCGAGAGCAUGGAUGCCCUCGAUCACGGCCUGAUUGAUGGUCACGAGAAAGGAGAGAGGAAACAGUAGUGCAUUUGUUUAUCUGUGUGUGGGUGUGUUGUGUUGUGUUGUCUUGUGUCAAAGGGGGAAGGAGGUCGGGUACUUACUUGAUGGCCGUCGAGCGAGGAAAGGGCGGAUUGGACGUCCAUGGCGCGAGUGGCUCUCGUGUGGGGGAGCUCGCCGACAGCCACCGCGGUGAUCUUGUUGCUGCCGAGAUCGAGCAGAAGCUGCUUGUCGCCAGACGCUGUCAUGUUGCACACCAACACCUGCACCAUCGUGCACCAAAGAGAUCAAAGGCUGGUGGUGUGGUGGUGUGUUGGGGUAUGUGUUCACCUUGUCUCUGUCGUUGGAUGAGGAGCCCAUCUGCUGAGCCUCCAUGGCCGUCGGCUUGCCCACCUGCAUCAUGAAUGGAUGGAGGUUUGGCUUGCAAAUGAAUGCAUUGCUUUGUGUGUGGCGUACCUUGACGACGAUGUCUGCCUGUUGGAUCGUGUGCUGCUUGGACGCCACUUUCGGCGCCCCAGAGCAUGUAGUCGCUGUCGCUGAAGCCUGCCGACUCCCCCGCACCCGUCUCGAGGACGACCUCGAACCCCAUCCGACGCAACUGCGGCACGGACCUGGGAACUACAGGCACACACCAACACACAGCAUGCACACAUUGACGCAAGACUUAUCCUUCCCCUCCCCGCCUCCCUUCUUUCUGUUUGUCUGUCAGGCGUGCUUAUAAUGCAUACCGAUGGCCACCAUCUUGGUCGCGGACUCCUUGAUGACGCCCACCUUCAUGCGCGGCGCCGGCAUGAUGGUCUGCUGCACCCGCUGCUCACGCUCCUCCUGCUGCUCCCGCUCACGGACGAGUGUUGCGGCCCAGUCGACCUGCGCGCCGGGUCGACGGCGGGCGGGCGGCAGGGGCGGGUACAUGUAGCUGUCAUCUUCGUCACUCGUCAACUCAAUCGGCGGAUACUGCAUCACACACACACACAUGCAGAGAGGGGCAGAGUGAGUGAGUUAGGAGCAGUGCCUGUCUGUGUGUGUCUUUGUGUCUGUUUGCACGGCUCACGUCGUCUGUGUCUGUGUUGUGGUCUCGCGUGGGUGUGUCAUGGUUGCUCAACGACUGCUGCGGUGUGUCAUUGUGACGCGAAGACGAGGGCGCAGCAGACUCAACACGAGCUGCACACGCCAAGCAGAAGCAACACAAACAACACAAAUGAGUUUGUGUUGGCGUGUGAAUGAGUGAGUGAGUGUCGCCCUCCCUCGUGGUGCUUACGGGCAGCUUCUUUGCAGACGAAGGUUCUGACGAAGUCCUCGGUGUCUGCGUCAGGCACCUCCACGUUGUAGGGCGUGUCUGCAUCGGGCGGGUCCGUCAAUCCCAUCUGCCGAGCCGCCUCACGGUCCCACUGCAGGAUGAGGGACCGACGCCCGCCGGUGCCGCCGGCACUGUCAGCCAUGGUCAACGGCAGCAGGCGAUCAAUGAGAGAGGGGAAAUGACCAAACGAGCCGAACAGUCACGAAACCGAGCCAAAAGCGACGAUUGAAAGCUGGCCGCGAGGUAAAAUUCGAGAAACCAAGCAUGCAUUGAUCGGUCAAAGUUCACGACCGCCCCACCACCUGCAGCAGUGAAUGCAUCAGACAAAUUGACCAUCCAGUUGGAUGAAUGUCAUCAGAUGCCUCAGAUGACUCAACUGACCCUUCUGUGAGUCACAAUGGACAGUUGACUCAACCUCGCGGUCAUUUCGAGCCGUGAUUGGUCGGCUCGGAUGGCUGAUUUUUUUUCUGUAGCUGAUUCCGUUGCGGUUCUGCUCGGACACGUCAAGACAAGUCAAGACGUCAUUUGCCGUCCCGUUGCGUGUGCUCCAGCAGAUCUCGAGGUGGCUCUUCCGAUCUCAAGCACGCUCCCAACAAUCAUUCACGAGGCAGUCAGAGUCAGCGCAUCAGUGAGUAAAGCCAAUGGGCGCGGUGAGCGCUUCUACGGAAGGGAAUCUCUCCCAACCAACCUCACUGACUCGCCUUGUGUCAAGCUGAAUAGCUUGGAAGCGAACAGGAAAAAAAACAAACGGCUAGCAGCAAACCCUGAUCGGACACUUCUUGCCCACUGGGCGAGCCACAGCAAAAACGUCAGGCCCGGUUGCAUUCA